AUGUUGAAUCUUCAAAAACGGAUCAAUGGUGUAGAUGAGGAAAAAACAUAUUUGGGUACACGCAUAUCGAUUCGAGAUAAAUUAUUGUCACAAGAAAUAAAGGAACUUGAAUCAAGUCUUAAAAAAGUGCCUUCAUGUAAGUUACAUUUCCCAUCAACAUCUGCAUUGCAUAAUAUGGAACUUAUUGUUUCACCAGUGGAAGGAAUUUACAAAGGCGGGAUAUUCAAGUUUACUAUAGCAGUACCACCCGAAUAUAACAAUGUACCACCUGUAGUAAAGUGUUUAACGCGUGUAUGGCACCCAAACAUAACUGAGGAGGGCUCCAUAUGUUUGUCAUUAUUGCGACAAAAUAGUCUUGAUGGUUAUGGAUGGAUGCCAACUCGCAGAUUGAUUGAUGUUGUACUUGGCUUAGACAGUCUUUUCACUGAUCUGAUCGAUUUUGACGAUGCUCUCAAUGCAACAGCGGCCCAGCAAUGGUCAACCAAUAAAGAAGCAUACAUUGCAAAGGUACGUGAUUACAUUGUGCGCUUUUGUCGGUGA